AUGGCUGAGCUACCAGAGGUCAAUGGAACUGGAAAGGUCCUUAGAGUCGGGAUCAUCGGUUUGGGAGAAAUUGCCCAGGUAUCUCAUAUCCACGUGUUGAACAACCUCUCCAGCCGCUACCACAUCACUUACAUCUGUGAUGUAUCUCAACAAGCUCUAGAGCAUUGCAGCAAGAAGGUUGCUGGAGGAACACCCAAAACUACGACAAGUCCAGAGGAGCUCAUCACUUCUCCCGAUACUGAUGUCAUCGUCAUCUGCAACGUCAAUGCUUUCCAUCCCGAACAGGCGAUUCUUGCUUUGAAGCACAACAAAUAUGUUUUUGUGGAGAAGCCUCUCGCGCUGAACUAUCGCGACCUGGAUUCCAUCAUCGCUGCAGAGAAGAGCUCUGAGGCGAAGGUCUUUGUGGGAUACCAGAGAAGAUAUGCCGAGGCUUUCUUGGAUGCCUUGAAGGAAGUCGGAAGUAUGGACAAGAUAGAGUACAUACGGGUCAGAGAUAUCAUUGGGCAGAAUAGUUCUUUCGUUGACCAGUCCGGCAUAUUCCCAAAGAAGUACACCGACUUCUCAAAGGAAGCAAUUGCAAACAUGCACUCGGCUGAAGAAGAGAUGGUCAAGACAGCACUUAGUGACGAAUGCGGCGUUGAAGCAACGCCAGAAGCAAUGACGUUGUUCAGGCUAUUCACUGGACUUGGCGUUCAUGACUUCUCUGCUUUGCGCGAGAUGGUUGGUAUGCCCUCACGAGUAGUCGGCGCAUCACUCGGGCUGCCAAUUUGGAACGUGCUGUUCCAGUACGAGGGCUUUCCAGUCAUGUACGAGUCAGGAAUCAUCGAUGUGCCUAGAUUCGACGCUCACAUUGAGAUUUAUUCUCGACAAAAGAUUGUGCGCAUCGAUUACGAUACCCCAUAUGUGAAGGGACUUCCUGUUACUAUGACGAUUAGGGAGAGGAUCGACAGUGCCAAGGGCGAUGGCUACCAGGAGCGCACGAUUAGAAAGACCUACGAGGACCCUUUCACGCUCGAGUUUCUGGACUUUUAUCAUUGCGCAACGAACAAGACGUCCCCAAAGACUUCGGCUGUGGAUGCUCGGGAAGACAUGGACUUGAUCAAGAUGAUCAUGCAAGCUGCCUACCCUUGA